UACACACAGGGUAGGUAUUGUGUCUUGGUGAAAGCAUAACAACGUUUACAUAGAAACCAAAUAUUGAUACGGAAAAUAAUUGUGUGUAGAUAAUUUAGAUUUUGUCUAAUUUUUUAUUAUAAUAACUGCCUUUAAUAUAACGAACCAAAUAGUGCACAUUUCAUAUUCAACUGAAAAUGGAUCCUACUAAACUAGUUGGAAGAGUCAAAGAAUCUGUACGCUUAGAGCACAAGGCGCGUAGAAACUUUCCACUGAUCUGGAAUGGAAUUACAUCCCGUUCAAAUAAUAAGUUUUAUCACCCAGAUGAACUGGAUAAGAUGCUAAUGGAGAAGCUUCAACUACCAGAACCCGAUAACAAGGCUCAAUCGCACUUUAUUUCAGCUGAAAUGCAGAAGAGUUUGCUGGACAUUUGUCGCUGUGGGCGACCUAGGCAUGGCAUCCAUUUGACCAAGUGUCUGCAACGAGCUGUAAAUAAGAAUCUACAAUCUGAGGAAUCUGAAUCGAAAGCCGUAAAUAAAAUGCCUCAGACUUCAAAUUCAUUUAUUGGAUUUAAAACAGCUCCUUAUCAAAAGUUAGAACGGUCCAUGCAGUAUAUAUCGCCUACAAUCUCUAUGCCGGGGCCUCGCAUCACUGCUGCCCCAUACAAUGCCAUUAUUAUAGGUUGACAAAGAUUUGUAAUUGCACUGAUUAAAUGCCGUGGGAAACAUGAA